GUUUCUUACCCGAACCUUUUUAGAUGUAACCAACGUUUCGCACAACGUUGUCAGGAAUUUCGUCAUUUAGCUAAAUGAUUGAAAUAGAUGUAUCAACUUAGCUACAUUGUAAGAGUGAUUGUGCUGACGAAUUUAGUGAAGAGAAUAUGCUUCUGUUUUGUCCAACAUGUGGGAAUGUGUUGAUUGUAGAGGAAGGACAGAAAUGCUAUCGAUUCGCCUGCAACACAUGUCCGUACGUGCAUAACAUAACUAGGAAGGUAAACAACAGGAAGUAUCCCAAACUGAAAGAGGUUGAUGAUGUGCUUGGUGGAGCUGCAGCCUGGGAAAAUGUGGAUUCCACGCCAGAAAAAUGUCCCAAGUGUGAGCACCCCCGAGCAUUCUUCAUGCAGAUUCAGACAAGAUCUGCAGAUGAACCGAUGACAACCUUCUACAAAUGCUGCAAUUAUGAGUGUGGACAUCGCUGGAGAGACUAAACUGGUGUUCAAUUGGAUCUCUACCUGAGAACACUAGUUGAGUCAGCUAGCCUGGUUUUAUAGUGUAUGUGCUGUAGCCAACUCUUCUGUUGUCAUGCCAGACAGCUUUGGCAUAACAUUGAAUAAACAGAGAGGAGUUUGCUAAUAGCACAAACAGACUGGACCACAUGGCUACUAGUUGACCACACCUCUGGCGCCGAGCGUGUUGGGGAAAAAGUAGCAAGAGUUGAUGUAAUAUACACUUCUACCAAAUGUGCUUUAUACACAAGAGUAUGUCCUUGCUUUGAUUAGCAUUGUGAUUAGUUUUUAACUUCUCUGGGUUGUUUCCUAUGAAUACAUUCUGAAGUCAAUUGCACUUCCAAAUUAUAGCUUUAGAUACAUCAUGUGUUUGAGGAGUUGCCAAAUGGCCAGAAUCCAUUAUUGGUCAUUAUUUUAUUUCUCCUAGAUUUGUUUCACAUACUAUAAAAAAUAAAAAGGACUGUUUUUGAA